AUGGCGUUUGCUGGGACAAAUGUCAGUUUGUCCCAGCCGGAUAUAACGCAAAAACUGACGGAGCGCAUAGAUGAUCUGAAGCAGAGAAUCGCUGCUUGGGGAAAGCGGAUUCGGCGAUAUACCGAGAGGUCAACACGGUUCAACCAGAAUCGUCUCUUCCAGAGUGAUCAGAAGGGGCUCUAUGAAUCAUUGGAACGACCAAUGGUAAGUGGAACGGGUCCAGCACCGAAUCAGGCCGACACUGUAGCAUUCUGGCGCGGCCUGUGGUCAGAGCCCGUAAACCACAGCGAGGGCCCCUGGACGGAAGUUGUGGCGAGUCAGUGUCCCGCACACUUAUUACGCCCAUGGACCCCGUCAUCAUAA